CCCCUCCUUUUCCACUUCCCGUUGCGACCAAUAAAUAAAGGCCAAGGCCGUUCGUACCGUUUAGGCUUGUGCGGGGAGUUCGGGCGACUUGGCCGGCGUUUCUGGAUGGCCGCGCUGCGACGAACCCUCCAAGUGGCCACCCUGGCCGCGGGGACACGCCGCGCCUUGGCGGGCUCCCUGGCCGGUAGCUGCCUGGCGGACCGCGGCCUCUGGGAUAAGCUCCACGCCCAGCGCCGGCCGGGCAGAGUCCCCACCUUCGACUGGUUCUUCGGGUAUGAGGAAGCCCAGGGCCUCCUCCUGCCGCUGCUGCGGGCAGCCCAGGCCGCCUGUCCGCUGCGGGUGCUGGACGUGGGCUGCGGGACCUCCAGCCUGAGCGUGGGCCUCUACGCCAAGUGCCCACACCCAGUGGACGUGCUGGGGGUGGACUUCUCUCCUGUGGCCGUGGCCCACAUGAACAGCAUCCUGGAAGGUGGCCCAGGCCAGACACCCCUGUCCCCUGGGCACCCUGCCUCCCGCCUCCGCUUCUUGCAGGCUGACGCCCAGAACCUGGAGCCACUGGCUUCCGGCUCCUUCCAGCUAGUGCUGGACAAGGGCACCUGGGAUGCUGUUGCCCGAGGUGGUCUGCCCGGGGCUCACCAGCUGCUGUCGGAAUGCCUGAGGGUCCUCAGCCCCCAGGGGACCCUGAUUCAGUUCUCCGAUGAGGACCCUGACGUGCGGCUUCCCUGCCUGGAGCAAGGGUCCCCCGGGUGCAGUGUGACUGUGCAGGAGAUGGGCCCUUUCAAGGGCAUCACCUACUUUGCUUACUUGGUUCAAGGCUCUCAUUAAACACAGAGUGUUGACCCUAGAGCUUCUGUUGGGCGAGGAGAGAUGGAGAGAGCUUUGCCUUUGCAAGAUGGCUGGAGAGGAAGGGUUUUAGUCCUGGCUGCCGUGUUUACUAACCAGGUGCACCAGUUUUCACUGCCCGUUGACUCACCAGCAAGGAAGGAACAACACCUGGAUUUAUGGGUAUUACGUACAUUGAUAGCUGAAACCUUUAGCAGAACCAGCCCAUAGAGAAGAUAUAAGUGGAUUAUUCCCCACCCCCAUCUAACAGGAACUUCUAAAAGCAGCAGAUAAGAAUUCUUCAUCCAAAUCCCAGCAUAGACUGAUGUGUGACCCAGUGGCCUAACCUCUAUAAGCUCAUUUUUCUCACCUGUAGGAGGGAAGAUUGCAGAAGGGCUCAUAGACAAACCUAAGGUCCUAGGUGAAAUGCUGAGAGAGAACAACACCCUCCGCUCCUGGGCGGCAGGAGAUGGCGGCAUCCCAUUAAGUGGCUUCUGCAGACUCUACAGAAGCCUGUUGGAUCCCAGAGGACGGAUGGGGAGCUUCCUGACACACUGUCCUGGGGGAUCCAGCAGGCAUCUUGCUCUACCUGUUCCUGCCCCGAGCUGAGUUCUGGAUUACAAGUUCUUAAGAGAGAUCUGGGGUCCAGUGGGCUGCAUGUCCAAUCUGGGUUAGGGGAGGGGAGUUAAAGAGCCCAUUAGCAGUGAGAAAUGUUCCUGAUACAUGGAACUUUUCAAAAUGAACUUGUGAUCUUUUUUCACUUUGGGGCAAAUAAAUGUUUUGCUUUUUACUAAAAAAA